AUGCGCGAUAAUAUCUUGAAACCCCGCGGCAUCAAGUCAACCAUCGUCCCCGCUGCCACCCAGGGCUGCCCAGCCUUACCCUAUCCCGCAAAAAUGGAUUCGGCCCUCGAAUCCCUGCAGAAUACCGAUCUAGCGGAAGAAAUUGAAGCCAUCAAUGCCAUCUACGAACCGGACACCCUCACCAUCACUAACACCUCUACCUCGACCGGCCCCUCAACUCUCGAUCUCGGCGGCUCCGGCUCCUCAGACUCUUCUCCUCCUUCAACAACAAUAAAGCUUCAACUUCCGGAACACCCUCACUUGUCCUUCCUCCUCGGAUUCAACUCAACAUAUCCCGACACCCCGCCCAAAAUCCUAGGAACAGCAUCCACAGCCUCACGAGGAGAGGGCAAGCUCGCCGUCGAUGUACUAGAGGACAUUCUCAGCCGCACAUACCAGCCGGGUGCGGUAUGUCUAUUCGACCUGAUCAAUGAAGCCGUCCAGGCAUUCACGGAGCUCAAUAUUGAACUCAACACCGAAAACGGCAGCCAUCAACCGCUAACCACAAGAUCAACAACCCCCGACCAUCACACAUUUAACCUCACUAGCCCACCGCCAUGGAUCCUUUCCGACGUCAUCACGGAAAAGAAAUCCGUCUUCGUCGGGCGCGCAGCCCACGUCACGAGUCUGGACCAGGCAAAGGCGUUCCUGGAUCAUCUGCUCGCGACGGAGAAAAAGGUUGCGUCCGCGACGCAUAAUAUCAGUGCGUGGAGGAUUCGCGAGGUGAAAUCAUCUACUUCUACUGCUGGCGGUAGUAAGAAUGGAGAAGCUACAGAGAUGAUUGUGCAGGAUUGUGAUGAUGAUGGGGAGACAGCUGCUGGAGGUCGACUACUGCAUUUGAUGCAGUUGAUGGAUGUUUGGGAUGUGGUGGUUGUGGUGACGAGAUGGUAUGGCGGUGUGUUGCUGGGGCCGGAUCGGUUUCGCAUUAUCAAUGCGGCCGGAAGGGAUGCGCUGGUCAAGGGGGGUUUUGUUAAAGAGAAGACAGCUGGGGAGAAGGGAAAGAAGAAGGGAAAGAAAUGA